AUGUCAGCUCCAUACAAGAAAACGAAAGAUAAAUCAAGGGUUCCAUGUGUGUUCUUCAGACGUGGCACGUGCACCAAUCAAAACUGUCCCUAUUUACAUGUGGGUGGAAAGGGAUCAGAUGGGAAGUCCGGCAUUUUACACAGUGGAUCAUCCGGAAAUGGAUCUUCAGAGACGGCAACGAAUCUACUCUCUACAAUGUUGAAACUUGUAUUUGAAAAGCAGCAGCAUCAUGUUUACAACGCAGCAACAGAGAUGUUAGAUCUGACGGAAUUCAGUAAACUUCCCGAUCUGAAAGAUGUGGCAAGUUCCAUUAAUUUUAAUACGCAGAGUUUCUGUCAUGCACUGUGUACAACCAUAAAGUCGCUCAUUAUUCCACCACCAUCCAUUUUGCAAUUAAAGAAAAAUGGCAUCACAACAUUACAUCCUUUAGCGACUCAAUUGGAAAAGGCAGAUCUCCAUCUCUCACUGCGAGCUAUUUCCUUUGAAGAUAAUCAAAUUAACUCACUGGACGUUUUAAGCGAUUUAAAGAGUUUUCGUAACCUUCAGGAAAUUGUCUUUCUGGGAAAUCCAAUAACAGAGAAUAAGAACUACCGUGCUCAAGUGAGAAGAGUAUUACCAUUCCUUCUAGGUCUAGAUGGAGAAUCCAUUGUGGCUCCACCGCUCUCUUUACCGUGGCCACAGUUUGUAGAUGCGGGAUAUAAUGAUGCCCAACGGCAUGUGCUACAGUUUAUACAAUGUUCCUUAUUAAAUCCGUUAGAAUCCGAUGGUACUCCAGAAGUACCACGUGGUGUAGAUGUGGUGUCCAGUGUAUACGCACCAAACGCCGUACUUUCCAUUUCUCUCUCAUCACCAGAGUCCGCUGUAAGUUCUCCAGCGCGAAAAAUGGAAUCUGGCACACAACAACUUAAUCAACAACGCAAUAUUAUUAGAGAAAUUGUAGGACUUCGUUUAAAGCAAACUGAAUGUAAUCAUAAUUUAUUACAUGGUGUUAAAUCAAAUGUUAUGGCAUGUGGAAGGACAAAGGUAUGUUCACAACUUGAACAUUGGUUAUAUCCGAAGUGUUUUAACGUUCAACAUUUUCUUCAUGGAAGUGCAAGUGCAUCAUUUCUUGAUAAUACAUACCUCUAUGGAGCCUCACCUGUAGCUAUGAAGGUACCAGUAACAGUAGUAACACUACAUGGUGUAAUGAUUUGGACCUACCGAUCUCAACAAAAUAAUUCAAAUAAUGACCUUCCGUCUAUUCGGCGUAAUUUUUCACGUGUAUUGACUGUUUCGCAAAGUGAGGCAGGUCGUUGGUUAAUAACAAAUGAUAUGGUGUCGCUUUACCCAUUUACAGGUUUAAGUGGAGAUUCACAAAAAAAAGGUAGUGUUAGUAAUGGUGAUAGUAUAAAUACAGAUUUAAGUGAAAGUCGUAUCUUAUUUAGCCCAAGAACAGAUCGUAGUCGUGUGGAACUCUUAAGUAGACGACAUAAUGUACCACCAGAUGUAGUGAUGGCUUUGUGUCAGCAUGUUAACAAUGAUGCGGAAUUAAUAACGGUCUUAAAUGAUAUUCGUGGUGUACCGUUAUCUAUGUUUGAACAUUGUGCUGAACUAACAGAUUCAAACGUACUUGAGAGCAUUCAGGUUUGCCGUAUUGGGAAUCGCUUUGGUUUGGCACCACAGGAAGGUUUGGCGUUACUGCGACAAGUGAAUGGAAAUUGGUGUGCGGUGGAAGAGGCAAUAUUAGCAGCGAAUUCUGCACAACAGUCAUAA